GGAACGUGUGAUCGUACUUGUACUUAUUUAUACUGUCUCGUAGAAAGCUGAUAUUUUGAUCAAAAAUCCUCAAUGAACGCGACCUUUCUUUACGUGGAAGCAUGUAAAUGCAUGUUGUCAUUAAGCGAYGACGCUUCAAGUAACUGGAACGACCUUUUCCAGCUGUUACCCAAGCUACGACAGGCGCUCUCUUGCCGUGUUUGUAGAGGACUUUUGGUYGAGCCGUAUGGAUCUGAAAGCUGUGUGCAUUAUGUGUGCCAUGGAUGCUUGAGAAAGAAGCGAUCGCUAAACCCUGGCUGUCGUUGGUGUCUUAACAUGGAUCUUCUCGUAGCUGAUAAACAAACUCGAGUAUUGCUAGCGUGUUAUCAGAAACUGUGCGAGUUCAUCGCUAAUUCRGGGGCUAUUGGCCACCUCAGAAGUCAAAACGGAGAAUAUAAUGCAAUACUUGCAGUUAUACACGAGGCGUUAGCGAGCCCGAUCGCCAUGGAAGACUACCUUAAAGAUCAGACAUUGGUAACUGGAUUAAGCGAUAUUAAGRCCGAUGUUCCACCGGUUUCGAAAAAUCCUAGCGCGAAAUCGAUCGACAAAAUGGCGGACAAGUCACGUGACUCUGUCARCCGACUUCCGGCGGAAGCCAUUACACCCUUGCCAAAACGCAAAAUGAUCCAACUACUUAGGGAGAUUGAUGGGAACGAAGAGCAGAAGCCUAAAAGGAAGAAAAAGAAGCAUUUUAAGGGGACUACCUAUAACUAUAAUAAAAAGAAGUUUCAAAAGAAGAUGACCGGCAYGGAUAAAGAGCCUGAGAACAUUGUGUGUCAGCAGUUUACAGAAACAAUUCAGACGAUUGAAAACGAUCAAGACAAUAAUGAAGAAGUCCAGGUUGUUGACGAAAUUGAUGAAAAGCCUUUGUUYGUAGAGACUGAUCUGUCAAMRCAAGCUGWMUCUGCUAAACUACGAGGGCGAUCAUGCCGAUGUGGCGUUGCAUCUAUGGGUGUGUCAAGGAAAUGUAUUGGCAAGCGCUGUCCGUGCUAUAUAAGUAAUCAGCCUUGUGAACAUUGUUCUUGUUGUAACUGUGCUAAUCCAUUYAACAAUAACAAUGGGAAAUCUACAAGUGUACUAGAAAAUGUUUCMGAGGSGAWAAACUUUGCUGUYCCAGUGAGCUAAUYGCUUGAACAGUUCUGCUUUUCUUCMUCWMWCRUUACUCAUAAAAUGGUUGUAUUUACUAAGUUUUGAUGUUAAGUCAAGCUGUUUCAUUUUAAACUGUGGUUAAAGCAGUGUGAUAUACAAGAGAUUGAUAAUCUCAAAACUUGACAAAGGCCGCCWAACCACUUCUCAUGAUAUUGUAAGGGUUUUGGGCAACAAUACAUGUUUUAACUUAAAGGAUCUUAUUGCAGUAUUUAAGUCUUGCUUCUCAUGUACAUUUUAAUUUAUCUAUUUAUAUGAUGCUAUGCUGWUAUACUCAUUUAAGAUGUAAAUAAACUACAGUUCUAUCACUGGGAAA